AGGCCUUGCAUGCGGAUGUGGGAGGGGUGGAAAGAUUUUCAAAGCAGGUAGAUAAAACGUUUACUCUAAAUGACUUACUGAGAAGCCCAGCAACACCAUGGACAUCAGCUCGGCAAUUUUAAUAAUUGGCUUUGCUGCUCUUGUUGCAGCCUUCCUCCUCCUGGUAAUUGGACUUGUGUAUUCUGAGCUGAUGAAUUCAGACAUUCCUCGUGGGGUUGCAAAUAGAGGGAAACUGCACAUAGUUCAUGGCUUGUUUGUUGGCAUAGCAAUUGUGGGCCGGAUUCUGCAGAAUCUAGGCAUUUGUCAUCAGGUCAGCUUCAUCCGAUGGUUCAUGGCUUGUUUUCUGAAUCGCUUGAAUCCAGUUCCUUCAGGUCUGAGAGUGAAGGACCUGAAAUUCUGUGAUGUGCCAGUUCGAGUCUAUGAACCCACUAAGGUUUGCGAUGGGUUGAGUAGAGGUCUCAUAUAUAUCCAUGGAGGAGGUUGGAUACUGGGCAGUCUAGAUUCUGUUGAUGAAGUCUGUCGGCACAUUGCCAUGAAGUCUGACACCACUGUUGUUUCUGUUGGGUACCGAUUAGCCCCUGAGCACAGAUACCCAGCCCAACUGGACGAUUGUGAGGCAGCAAUCUGUCACUUCCUGUCAGUUGCUGAGGCAGAGUUCAGCGUGGACUCGCAUAGAGUGGCAGUCGGAGGGGACAGCACUGGGGCUAAUCUGGCAGCAGCAUUGUGCCAAAGGCUGGCAAAGAGAGAGGAUGGACAUCUGCCAUUCCCAUGUGCUCAGGUCCUCAUCUACCCAGCACUGCAGAUGGCAGAUUUCAACCUGCCCUCAUACCAGCAGAAUCAUGCCGUGCCCAUAUUGUUUCGUGGCCGGAUGGCAUUCUACUUCCUGCAGUACCUCAGCGAGGACAUAUCUGUGUGCCAAGAUGUGCUAGAGGGCAACCAUGUCCCCACUGAGCUGAGGCCGUGCUACAAGGCGUGGCUCUCCUCAUCCAACUUACCUCCGGAGUGCCUCGCACGUGGAUUCAGUGAGCGCCAAAGCCCAGAAUAUGAUGGCAAUGUGUAUCACACAGUCAAAGCUGGUUUGGAACCUGAGGUCUCCCCUUUACUGGCAGAAGAUGCGGUCCUUAAGAAAACCCCGCCCACCUUCAUUCUCACCUGUGAGUAUGAUGUCCUGAGGGAUGAUGGGAUACUUUACAGGAAAAGGCUACUGGAUCUGAAAAGAGAUGUCAAUUGGCAACAUGUGAAGCACGGUUUCCAUGGCAUGAUUAACUUUUUCAACCAGGGCUGGCUCACUUUUCCCUCUGCACUGUGGGUCAUGGAUAGUGUUGUUAAUUAUGUGGAAACACUGUGAAGAUCAUAAAAAAGGGUCAUGUACUUUAUUCUGUACUUUUUAAAAAUCUUGUUUCACAGUUUAAUAAACAAAACUUUCCUCCA